AUGACAGUUAUAAGCAGAUUUGUGAGGCAGAAGGAGCUGGAGAAAACUGGAGCUUUAUCCAAGGACAAGGCCCCAGGCCUCGGGCCCCAGCUGAAGGCCCCAGGAGAUUCUCUCCUCAAACACUCGGGCAUGCGGUUCACCACCAAGGACCGGGACCAGGACCAAUCUGAGAACAACUGUGCGGCGUACUACCAGGGGGCGUGGUGGUACCGGAACUGCCAUACCUCCAACCUGAAUGGACAGUACCUGAGAGGAGGCCACGCCUCCUACGCUGACGGUGUGGAAUGGUCCAGCUGGACCGGCUGGCAGUACUCGCUGCGGUUCACUGAAAUGAAGAUACGACCCAGAAGACCGGAGUCCUGAACCUGGACCAGAGAACCUUCCCUCGUUAAUAAAUUGAUCUGAUCUAUUCCUGA